AUGUCUACUACGAUUGCAAUCGCUGGUGGUACGGGCAACGUUGGUAGGACUAUCAGUGACGCCCUCGUCGCCACCGCGAAGUACAAAGUCAUCUUGCUUGCUCGUGGGGCCUCUGCGGAUUCGUCCCCUAACGCCCCUCCUCUGAUCAACGUCGACUACGGUGAUAUCGAUGCGGUAGCCAAUAUUUUGGAGGAGCACAAUGUACACACCGUAAUAUCGGCCAUUAAAGUGAUAGCGCCGGAAGCUGGAGUGUCUGAAGUGAACCUCAUAAAGGCAGCUGCAAAGUCAUCUCCAACAAAGCGUUUUAUUCAGAGCGAAUGGGGUGUACCUAUACCUCAGGAAAACCUACGCUUACUACAACAUCAAGUGCGUCUCGCCUCGAUCGAGCAACUCCGCGAAAGCAAUCUCGAAUGGACACGAUUCUACAAUGGCUACUUCCUCGACUAUUAUGGAAUGCCAUAUAUAGAGACUCAUAUUUCGGAACUAAUCAGUUUCAUCUUUGAUAUUCCCAACAAGGCGGCAGUCAUCCCUGGCACUGGCAACGAUCUCGUCUCAUUUACAUAUACACGAGACGUAGCUAACUUUGUUGUCAAGGCACUCACUUUGCCUAAAUGGGAGGAAGAAAUGUUUUGCUACGGUGAUAAAGUGACCUUGAAUCAGUUUUUAGGAUUGCUUGAAGAAGCUAUCGGAUCUAAGUUCAAGGUUACCUAUGAUAGUUUGGAGAAGCUCGAGAAGGGUGAAGCCAGUGAGCUGCCUUCUAACGCUGCGGAGUAUAAACAUUUGCCAAAACACAUCCUGCAGAUGUAUUUCUCUAAAUUCGGCCAAUACAUCAUCGCCGGUUUGUUUGAUACACCGGAUGAGAAAUCUCUCAACAAAGUAUUUCCCGAGGUCAAAACUACCACAGUGGAAGAAGUUGUAGGCCUCUGGAAGGGUAAAUAG